UAUAAAAUCAGAUGCCUAAGAAGGUUGCAUAUGUGCGGCGCAAAUAUCGCCACAUCGCAAAAGUAUGUCCUCCCUUGUACAUGCUGUUUUGCAGCCAAAGAAACGAAUACCGUUUCUUCAAAACUAUCGCCGGUUUCAUCUACGGCUUCUUCAUGGGAAUCUGCAUCUAUUUUCUCAUCAUAGUGGACUUGGAUUUCACUGAAGACGCAGCCUUCUACGUUACCUUCCUGUUGUCGUUAAUGCUUGGAUUUGGAUGCGCGUUGUCGACGCAAAUCCGUUGCAUCGUGUUGUUAACGUUUCCCAACUUCGGAGGUAAGGUCGGAAGGGGAGUAUUGAAGGCGGUGGUCAUAGCUGUUAUUAUUGCGGGACCCUUGCAAAAUAUCACGGUCAACGGCAAAGAAGUCGUGAGAGUUUUUUCCUGUACCGCCUCUCUGACUUACAAUCUCACCAAAACUAGAAUCAAGCUUAUGUUUGAACCGUUUGCCGAGGGUAUCAAACAGAUGAGAACUGACGUGAAAGAAGUGAAGGAUACGAUUAGAUCGAUAAAAGAUGUAGCAAGUCCUAUUAUUGGUGAGGUUGAAGAUGAAUCGGAGAUCAAAAAGUUGAAGGAGGAAAACGAUUAUUUGGACGAAUUACACAAUGACACCAAACGGUCUGAAUUGACAGAUCAGCAAGUCCAAAAUGGGUCGUCUCUCACCAAAGGUGAGACUAUCGAAGCCAACAGAUAUCGUAUGAAUUACAUGGAGAAAAUAGCUGCUAGAUGUGAGAACCAGUUUACUAAAAUUACCACGAAAUGUUACAAGGUUUUUUCAAAAGGAUAUGAUGCUUGUUACGAUACGGUAACAUGGCUUGCUGCAUGGAUUUUAUGCUGGCCGAUGAAACUGAACUUUAUCUGUAACAUCGGCGAUGUUCUCGGAGGAGUGGGUAAAUGUGACCCGUCUAAAGAAUUGGAUCCUGGCUUUGGUGAAGGUUAUACUUAUCUGAAAAACUCCGGCCAGGAAUUUAGCAAAAAUUUUAAAGAGGUGAGACUUCAGUUCAAGAUUGAAAAGUUGCCUGUGAUCAAAGAAUUGCGCGACGCCAAGAACACGGCCAAAGCAGUCUUGCACAAAGUUACAGUGAGAAAGGAAAUAUUUGAUGCUGUCAUGAAUAUUAUGAAACGGCUCCUUGCUUUCCUGUUUCUUAGGAUAAUAAUCAAAUGUCAGCAGUACCACGAUAAAUAUCUGAGACGGAUAGAAUUCGACAACUGCUACAUUACGAAAUACUUCAGGAAAAUCGACGCCAGAAGGAAAACCCAAGGCAAAGCGACUUUGCUACCGCUUAAAAAAAUCGAAGGCAGACGAAUAAUCGACCCCAUGAGCUGGCGACCUCUAAAACAUGAACGCCAAAAACUUUUGAAGGCAUCAAUCAUAUUGCUUUUGGAGAUGAUUACAGCGACUGUUCUUGUUUUGUUGGAUCGAUUAUUUUACGAGGCGUUGGACAUAGUAAAGAGACAUGCCAAAAUCACUUACACACAAACUGGUAAGCACGACAUACAUCUAGAAGUCGUAGGCACCGGACUGGUUGCUUCUUUGUUGAGGUCCGUUAUCAAAGGUUUCAAUGUUAAGAAACGCAUACACAUUGAGGCAACUAACGAGGUUUGUUUGCCCACGCCCAGUUUACUGCUGAAUUAUUUUUUGUUUAAAAUCUACGGCAUUUAUUUUGUCAUUUGGUUGCUGAUGGUAGCUCAGGCUUACAUUAAAAGAUUCAGGAGGGUGAUUUGUGGUUACUUCUACAGAAAGAGGGAGAAAAGGAGGGUGCUCCAUCUGUACAAUGAGACAUUGAGGAGGAGAAUUGGUUUUUUCAGAUUCAUGAGAAAGAAGGUGAAAAAACUGGCACGUGAACAGAGGUUGAAGAACAAUUUAAACGUGUGUCACAUCUUGAGGAUCAAGUAUCCGAAUCAGUGCUGCAUACUUAAAAUAUUUUCGUAUGCACGUAGGAGAUGUUUGAUUUGCGAAGAAAUUGAAGGAAUAUUUGUUAGCGAUUUUACGGAAUGUCCAACGGAAAAAUGUCGCAUGAUAUAUUGUCGGGAGUGUUGGGUCGAUUUGGGACAGGUAUGUUACAAUUGUAAUUUGGAUGCUUUGGACACUUCAAGCGAAGACGAAAGCCUGGAUGAUGGUUUCGGAGAUGACAAUGCGGGUGGCAGAGAGGAUGAUGACUAAAGUGAUUUAAUCUACAAGUUUAAAAUGUGCAACAAAAUUGAAGGUGGUUAUUUAUAUAUUAGGGGUGUUUAAAUUUGUUUUGUUUGUGUAAAAAUUUUUCAAACCGGUCAAAUUGGGCUUGUGCACUCCUCUUGUGGCUAUAUCUUGACUUGAUGUUAUCUACGUCCAGAUAUUUAUGAUUUUUCUGAUUUUAUUUUCAUCAUUAUGUUAUUAUGCAAGAAAACAUUGGAGUUGCUUAUAAAUUGCAGCUACCAAUUAGAAGAACAAUAAAUACAUGACUCAGAUGUCGAAAAGUGUACAAGUCCUGUUUCACUGGUUAUUGUUGUAAAUUGAAGUUAGUAUUGGAGUAUAUUAUGUGAAUCCGUAAUUAUUAGUUACUUAAAUAAAUUUGUA